AAGGCAAAGUACCCCCACAUUCGUCUUGUGCUUGAAACAUUUUGAGUCUUCUGCCUCUUGUAACCCAGAGAACUCUCACAUACCAACGGGCUUUCUGGAGCUCUGCCAAUUCCACCGCGUUUGCGCCCUCCCUCGUGACUUCCUGGUAUGUUUACUUUGAAGCCUGUGACGAUGGUGGUGGCAAAUGUGUUGGGUUGGGUUUUGUCUUGAGCAAUUGUGUAGUGUUUUGUGAUUCAGGCAGGUGAACUGAUUUAGCAGAACGCAAUUCAGCCAUGCGAUCUUCUUUUGGCACCCACUUGCUGCGCUCUUCCCUUCCAUCCUCCGCGGAUUCCCUACGGAUUCUGAGCUACAGUGCUCGCAUACCGGUUCGCGACAAUGCUCCUGUUGGUCUGAGAUGUUGGUUCAAUAAGCACAACUGGGUUUGUAGACCACAAUUAGUGCAAUUGAGGGUUGGACAUCUGUCUGGGUUUCGAGUUGAGGCUAGGGGAGCUGUGGACGCCGUCGUGGAUGCAAGUGGGAUGGACAAGCAGAGUCCAGACUCAGGAGUAGCUGAAGAAGCUAAUUCCUUGGAGUCCCUAGAAGUGCCAGCCACAAUCAGGGUUUCAGAGGACAUGGGGCAGCUCGAGCCACAGGGUCCAGACCGCGAUGUAAAAGAUGGCGUGAACGUGAAGAAGUCGAUUUGGUCGAAAUUGGGGCAGAGGGUCAACAUUGCGGGGAUUCAAUUCGCAUCUAGAGUAAUGUUACACGAUCAACAUCUCGCUAUCCCACAUAUUAGUGUCCCAGACAUACGGUGGAUAGACUGGAAGGCUUUACAUGAUCAUGGUUUUGAAGGUGUGGUGUUCGAUAAGGAUAACACUCUCACCGCACCUUAUGCGUUUGCUCUAUGGCCAGCCCUUUCGACAUCCCUGCAAGAAUGCCAAUCAGUUUUUGAGGGUCGAAUUGCCUUGUUAAGUAACUCAGCUGGAUUAUAUCAAUUCGAUCCUGAUGGAGUGGAGGCUAAAGCUUUAGAGGAGAGACUAGGAAUUCCUGUUAUUCGCCAUGGGACGAAAAAACCAGCAGGAACAGCUGAAGAUCUUGUAAAGCACUUCGGAUGUGACCCGUCAAGGAUUAUUAUGGUCGGAGAUCGCUACUUCACAGAUGUUGUGUUUGGGAAUAAUAAUGGCUUGCUCACCAUCAGACCCGCUCCACUCACUUCUAUUGGAGAGCCUUUUGUUGUGCAGAAGGUGAGGAUGCUUGAAGAAGCUGCAGUGGGGCGAUGGCGAAGGCAAAAUGUUCAACCGAAAGAGCAUGUUUUGUUCACCUCUGCUCAUGAUUUCAUCAAGGGUUCUGCCUGUUGGUAGUCGGAUUCUACUCUUAGGAUAUAUCAUACAUCGCAUAGCUGUAAGUCGGGCGGUUGAGGAUCUAAAUAGUGUUUAGAUUAUGAGUGGUUAGCGGAAUUUUUUUUCCAGCUAUCUUCAAAUUUGGAUAAUGUAGGAAGUUUCUCUACAUCUGAGGAUGUUUCACUGACAUUUGAGUGAUCUCCUUGUUUAAUGUGAACGAUUGUGAAUUCUUACUACCAACUGUUAUGCAACUAGACCAUCGCAUAUAACAGUCACUCUUUUGUAUU